AAAUGACAGGUUAAUUUACGAAAAAAGAGAGCAUUAUCAGCUUUUAUACGUUUCAUACAGUAACAUACGCAUAAAUGUAUGAAUGCUCAAAAAUUACUGAAUUACUCAACGCUGCGAGUAAUAUCGACAACGGUUCAUAUGCCCAUAUUUCUAUGAAAGAGCAUGGCAAUGUAUACAAAUUACAAAUGUAUAUUCAUUUUUAUUUGAGAUUAGACAACACUUUUAAAUUAUUAGUGUUGAAUUAAGAACUCUCUACUUAAUCAUUUUUGAGUACGUAGAUUAUCGUGGAAUCAAGACCAAAUAGUGAAUAUAAGUACAUAUAACGCUAUAUUCUAAAUUAGCGUUUCUAAUUGCAAAAAGAAAUUAAUAUAUCAAGAAAUCAUGGCUUCAAAACGUGUUUAUUUUGUUUACUAUUUUAUAACAUUAAUUAUUGCAACAACUAUGGUUAUCGGCAAAGCAAAUUUGAAUGAUUUCAAUUGUACAAAAGAUACUGAUGAUUAUAAAUGUCGAUUAACAACAAUGACACCAUACAGAUUUAUUGCAAAUUAUGAUGAUAAUGAACUGACAUUUCCAGAUUGUCAAGCAACAAAAAUAUGGAAGAUAAUUCGUCAUGGAACGCGAUUGCCAGGAAAAAAGGUAUUAACGUUGAUGAAAGAUUUACCAGAUGUACGAAAUGAAAUAGUAGCUAAUUGUGAAGCAAAUAAUUGUGAUUUAUCAAAGGCAACAAUUUCACGUUUAAAAAACUGGAAAUUUAAAUUAACUGAUAAAGAUGCAAUGCGAUUAGCUGAAGAAGGUGAAGAUGAGUUAAUUGGUCUUGCAGAAAGAUAUCAGUCAAGAUUUCCAAAACUAAUGCCCGAAAAAUUUAACAAUGAAACAUUCAAGUUUAAAUUUACUGAUAAACAAAGAACAUUUGAGAGUUUCAAACACUUUGCGAUUGGACUCUUUGGAAAGAAAGCAAGUAAAGAAGUUUGGUAUCCAAAACCAGAAAAAAAAGAUCCAAUAUUAAGAUUUUAUAAAGGUUGUGAUAAGUGGAAACAGCAUCUUGAUAACGAAAGUUUAGCAUAUAAAGAGUUUAAUGAAUUCAAGAAUAGAAAAAUUGUUAAGACGAUGAUUGAAAAGCUUUCACAGAGACUUUACAUUGAUGCCAGCUGGGUGACCGUACAAUCAAUUUACUACAUGUGUGCAUUCGAGAUUGCCUGGAAGAAAAAAAAUAUUUCACCUUGGUGUGAUUUAUUAACACCACAAGAUUUCGAGAUUUUGGAAUUCGCAGGAGAUUUAAAAUAUUACUACAAGGAUGGUUAUGGACAUGAGCUGAAUUAUAAACAAGCAUGCACAGCACUUGUUGACGUAUUCGAUUUUUUCAAAGAUGAAAAUUCUGAUUCAAAAACAUCAGCAUAUUUUACACAUUCAGGAACUCUUCUAAAAAUACUCUCACUUAUGAAUAUUGCCAAAGACCAGUCACCACUUUUACAUGAUUCAUAUUCUAUCUCGAAAAGUAGAAAUUGGCGAAUGACUUUAAUUGAUGCUUUUGCUACAAAUCUUGCAUUUGUUUUGUACGAGUGUAAAACUGGACCGUGUAUACUUGUUCUUCAUCAAGAAAGAAUUGUCAACUUUCCAGAUUGUCCAAAAAAUUUACCUUGUCCACUUGAAGUGAUGAAGAAAAAAUUUCCACACACUUCUGAACAAUGUUUAUUUAAAAAAAUGUGUUCAAUCAACGGUUGACGUGUACAACAAAAAAUCUGGUUUUUGAUUUCUUUUCUAUAAUAUAUUAUGAGAGAGUGGUCUGAAAUGGAUAGGUGGUCCAAAAUGAGCAGUUUUUUUUUUUCUUAAAAUGAUUUGUUUUUUUUUCUAUGUUAUUAAAAAGACAUAUUUAUAUUGCUCUGCAAUUAACAAUAAAAAACAGGAAAUUUUGAAUUCAUUCAAUGACCAUAAAUAUAAUUAUCAUUUCAAGUUAUUUUCUCUAGUAAAUAAUUUCAUUAACGUCUGAAUGCACAUGACUUGUAGGUCAUUUACCACAAACGCCAAACCUAACAACCGAAAAUAAGUUUCAUCAAAUUAGUGAAACAAAUUACGUAUUUUGCAAUGAUGAAAUUUAAUGUAAUUUUUAAAUCUAUAAAAAAUUGAAAAAAAAUUAAAGAUAACAUUAAAUUUUUUCGACCUAAAAAGUUUUCUCUAUAAAUAAUUUUAAAAAUUAUUCUUUUUUUUUUUUUUUUUUUUUGUUUAUUAUUUCAGACUAUAGUCAAUCGUAAACACGGUUUCUUGGAGGUUUAGUUGUGGAAAAAGCUCAGUCAAAAUCCAGAUGCAGUGAAAUAUAGUCAGAUAAUAAAAUAAUAAACAAUUAUUCAAGAUCUCUAAUAAAAAGUUUCAAAUUAAAGAUAUCAGUAUUCAACUUGAUUCUUGUAUCGAUACAUAUGUGUUGUGGACGGUGAUAGAAGUGAAGCUAAAUAUUAAAAUAGAUAAAAAAAAAAAAAAAAAAAUAUAGAAAUACUUUUUAUUCGCAAUGUAAAGAGCGCCGAAUGAGAUAUUACGUUGACAAUUUUCUAUAGUUCAAUGUUGAUGAAAAGAGAACAAGAGAACAUGAGAUCUGCUACUGUUUCGAACGAAAAUCUUCAACCCUUGUCGCCUAGAGUAAUUUUCCAAUUGUUUUUUUUUUUUUGUUAUUUGUUGUGUUGAAUAGUAAGUUUAGUUAAAAGUACACUGAGAGAAAUAUUAACUAAAAAUUAAAAUCACGGUUGAAUAGAAAUUACUAUACUGCUUUGUAAUUUUUGUUUUAUUUCUGGGACUGGCCGCGAGAGAUGGAAUUCUACAAUAAAAUUAUGUAAAAUGUGUAAAAUGUCAAAAAAUUUUUGGGUUACUUCAAGCCUCUAUACAUCGUUAUCUAUUGCAGAUGGACAUGGGGUUGAGUGAAGUUUAUUAUUGAAAAUUCAAUUCUAAACAAUUUAUAAAGAAUUACUUUUUUUGAUUAAUCUCUUAGAUAAUGAGUUAUGAGUUGAUUAAAAUAAAGACAUACAUGUUUUGUGAAAAGAAUAAAAAUUAUUAUAUGGUUGAAUAAAAAA